CUCAUCCUGUUGUCUUUAACGAGUUUCAGCAGUCAGCUCGGCAAAAAUAUAAGCAUGAGACGUCCAACCAGCUGCUCCUCUGCUCUCUCCUUCAUCCUCGUCCUCCUCUUCCUCUCUGAGAGCUGGGGCCAGAGGUUGAACACAGACAACAAGAAGCCAUCCUGCGACCACUGCAACCAGCAGCUCUUCUGUAACUGCUCCCACAGUGGAUUCACCAGUGUUCCCACUGUAACAGGCAGUGCCUUGAGUCUUGAUCUUUCCUUUAAUAAAAUAACAGCUGUGACGAAUGAUGACCUGACGGGCCACAUGCAACUGAAGGUUCUUGAUCUCCACGGCAAUGGCUUAGCUGAGAUCCAUCCAUCAGCUUUUGACUCUCUGUGGAGCCUGGAACAGCUGGAUCUCUCUUACAACCAGCUGACUAUGCUAAACCACAAAUGGUUCAGCAAGCUGGAAGCUCUGCAGCAGCUCAACCUACUCAACAACCCAUACAGUUACCUCGGUUCUCCUCCAGUAUUUGGGGCCCUAGUCAGACUAAGGAAGCUGGCCCUUGGAGGUCCUUCUCUGAAGGAGCUCCGGAGAGGAGAUCUGUCUGGAGUCACCCAGCUGGAGGAGUUAACUGUUCAUGCAAACAACCUGACCAGCUAUGACGCUGGUACAUUAGCACACAUUUGGCCGCUAGGUCAUGUCACCUUGAGUCUCCAUGGUCCUUUUCUAACAAAUGUGACCUUGGCUGGGUCUAUGAUUGAUGAUGUGUCAUAUCCUGAGACACCCAUCAUUCUGAAAGACAUCAAUUUGAAUGGAGUUCAGUCUGUUCAGCCCUUUAGUAAGGCAGCCAAAAGGAGGAUCAGGUAUUUGACCCUACAUAAUGUUUCUGUGUCUGACGAGGCUAUUGUUGACUUCCUGGUGGUAUUAGAUGGAGUUCCACUGACCAAACUUACCAUAGAAGAUGUCACACUGAUGGGCGAAGGCUGGUGGGGGAAAGCUAGCCAAACUGAUCACAGAAGCAUAGAUGAGUUCUACAUCCGUAACCUUGUAAUUCUGGAUGUCUACAAAUUUACCUCACUUCUACAAUUGGGUUUUCUGCUGGAGUAUCCAAGAAGAGUGUCUGUCAUAAACGCCAAGGUGUUUGUGAUGCCUUGUCUUACGUCCCAUCUGCUGAAGAACCUGCAGUAUCUGGACCUGUCCGACAACCUUCUGACGGACCUGACUCUGGAGGAGACGCUUUGUGGUACAACACAAACUUUGAAGGACAUUCGAGUUUUAAACUUCAGUGGAAAUGCUCUGAAGUCUUUGUCCACCGUGAGCCGACUGGUCACAAAGUUCUCUAAACUGACACACCUGGAUAUUAGUAGGACCGGUUACAGCUUCAUGCCCUCAAGCUGUCCUUGGCCUUCCACCCUGCGAUUCCUAAACAUCUCCGGGGCAAAGUUCACAGCCAUUACCCCCUGUCUACCCCAAACCCUGGAGGUGUUGGAUUUGAGCAACAACAACCUUAAAGAUUUCACUCUACUUCUGCCUGUACUCAGGGAACUGUAUCUCUCUGGCAACAAGUUUCUGAGGUUGCCCUCUGGGCUAUCCUUCCCCAAUCUACAAACCCUGACCAUCCAGUCAAAUACCCUGAACAUGUUUGGCAAAACAGACCUCCAGUCAUACCAGCGACUCGAUAACCUCCAGGCUGGUCAGAAUAAGUUUGUCUGCUCCUGUGACUUUGUCAGCUUUGUCCAGUUGGAACUCCGAGAAGGUGGAGGUAUACAACUGACAGAUGGAGUGGACAGCUACAUCUGUGACUACCCUUUCUAUCUACAUGGACAGCCAGUGGAUCAAGUCCGACUCUCAGUUGUCAUGUGCCAUCAGGUUUUGUUUGUGUCAGUGAGCUGUGGCUUGGCGUUGUUUGUAGCCACUCUGCUGUCUGUGGUGCUGUGGCGCAUCCAUGCCUUUUGGUACCUCAAGAUGAUCUGGGCAUGGCUCAAGACCAAGCGUAAUUCUCGACAACGGCAGCAACGCAGAGAUAAGGCAGACACAGAAGCCCUGAUAUCCUUUGAUGCCUUUGUUUCCUACAGUGAAAGAGAUGCUGGCUGGGUGGAAAAUUUUUUGGUACCUGAGCUAGAGGAGCCAAGUGAAAGCAGCUCUGGGACUAGGUCAACAUCCCACCGGCCCUUGACUCUCUGCCUUCACAAGCGGGAUUUCCUUCCUGGACAAUGGAUUGUGGACAACAUCAUGAAUGCUAUCGAACGCAGUCGGAGAACUGUCUUCAUCCUCUCCGAGAAUUUUGUGCAGUCUGACUGGUGCCGCUAUGAGCUUGACUUCUCUCACUUCUGGCUUUUUGAUGGUCAAGCCACUGGUGAGGCAGCCAUUUUGAUCCUACUAGAGCCAUUGUCGAAGGAUGAUGUCCCCAAACGCUUCUACAAACUGCGCAAACUGAUGAGUUCCACCACCUACCUAGAGUGGCCACAGGAGGAAGAGAAGAGGGAGGAGUUCUGGAGGAGUCUGCGCAAUGCUUUGAGAGGAAACGAUAACUAAAAGAGCAGAAUAUAAUAAAGAAUGAGAAGAAAAAGAAAGAGUUGGACAAUAAGGGAUACAAGAGAGGGAUAAAUAAAGUCAAAGUAAAGCUGUAGCAUCUUAAUUCACUGAUAUCCAAGUCAUCAUUACUGAAAAUCACAAUCCUAGCCCCAAACCCCAAAUUUAUUCCUGUGUUUUGGAGAAAAGCAAAAAGGGUUGUGGUUGUUACCAGUUUCUGUCAGUCCAAGGAGGUGGCCUCCUCCACCAACUAGGACAUCAUUGUCACUAGGGAUGGGAAUUGAUAACAAUUUAGUAAUCCCAGUUCUUGUUUCACUUAUCAAUCUCAUUGUCUCCAAUGUGAGAGUCACCACCAUCUCUAAGCAGCAAAUCAAAGACA